UUGAUGAAAUUCUUGAUGAAAUUGUUGAUGGUAAUGUGGUCUAUUAUUGUGAAAAAAAUGAUAAAAUUGUUGAUGGUAAUGCGGUAUUAGUAUGUUGAUAGUUGUAUGCGGUACUAAGAGUUUAUGAAAUUGGUGAUGAAAAUGUUGAUAAUGAGAAUGGACUUGUUUCAUUGUUGUCAUAUUAGCUACACAUGUAGGUUCUCGAAAUUUGAUAUAACUUUCCAUUAUCGAAGCUAUGUAUGUUAUGUAUUGUUAAAUUAGGGUUUUUUGACGUUGUUUUAGAAUUCGAUUAUCCUUAAAUGUGUUUUGGUUGGUAUGUAGAAUAUGGCUUCACAAAAUGUAGUGUUGUUAUGCCGGUGGGGAGGUGAAAUUAUGUGCGAUGGAUCAAAUGUUGAGUACAGUGGAGGGAAUAUGGAACUUAUAACACUUGAACCGAACAUGACUGUGAAUGAUCUGAUGAAUGAGGUUCACAGUAGUAUCGGCUCAAACCCAAUGAAUACUGAACUGAACCUUAAAAUGAGGUGUGAGAUUGGGCAUGGGGUUCAAGUGUUACCUGUCUCCACAAACAAACAUUUAAAAGCUUUGAGAAGCAUUGUUACAAUGAAGGGUGUUCCCAAUGAGAUAUAUGUAGAAACAGUGCCUAUAUGUACCCAACAAAGUACUUGGGCAGAACAACAUCCUACAUAUGUCUCCGAUUACAACACCGCGUCCUUCCAAGGCCCUUCAAACCACAUUCCAUCGAAUGAAUAUGGGAUGGGAACUUUCAGUCGCUUGCUGCAUGAUGAUCAAUUUCAGAUGCCGUUUAGUCCUCAUAUAGCAUCACCUGCACAUGCGGGGGGCUGUGUGACAAUGUUCAGCCAAUCCGGUCCUUCAACAUCAAACACCGUGGCUCCGUCACCGAUGCGAGAUGAGGUUCAAGAAUCACCGUCUCAAGAAGACCCAAGUCAUUUUGAUAAUAUUGUGAAUAACGAAUUGUCGGUGUACGAUGUGUAUGCGGAUACAGAUGAAUAGGAUGAUAAUGGGGAGGAGUAUGAUAGGCUUGAUGACAUGGAUCUUGAAGAUGGGCAGAUGGAAAUUGAUGAGCCCUUGAGGAUGAUAACGGUUGUAGGUUCGUAACAUUAUACUUGUGUACUCAAAUUUUGUUAUAAUUAGCUAGUACAACUUCUUAAAUAAUUUGUUGCCACAGGUGGGUGGUUCCCAGACUAACACAUGCGCAUACAGCGAGAGGUCUUCUCUACUACCGUGACGCCCUCGAUCGACUCUCGGAUGAACAGAUGACAUGGGAUCCCUAUUCUGCUGUGUUGGUAGAGGCCAUGCCGGAACACUUGCUCGAGCAUCGUGCUGAGUGGCUUGCCAGGACCCCCAUGAUCUGUUUCGAGGUCGUGGAGAGCCACCUACCGG